AUGUUAAUCCAAGAGCUGGAAGGUGCAAUCAAUGAACGCGACGAUGAGAAUAAGAAACUACGCGAAAAGCUGCAAUAUCUGAAGGAAGACAGAGAUCGCUGGAAAAGUGAGCACGAUAAAGCUGAAAAUAAUCGUCGCUGUGGCAACUGUGGCGAUGGAGCAGCUUUGAACGAACUGGAAAAAGAUUUGGAGGAGCGCAAACGAACCAUCGAUGCUUUAACUGAUUCGAAUACUGAACUUAGAGCGAAGCUGGAAAAUCUUUGUUUGGAAUAUGAGAAAGCGAAGAAGAAUGCAGAAACAUGGGAAGCGAGGUGCGAAAAAAAAGAAACGUGUAAGUUUUUUUUGUCGGUAGAAAUUGAUAAUAUUUUUUUGUAG